UUUACUAAGUUACUCAUUUUCUUAACAUUUUUUAAUUCAAACGUAAUCUUUACAGUUUAGAAUGAUGAUUUAAAUUUUUGUAUACCACCCCAUGACACUAGAUCCGCCCACAUUAUUGUAUAUAUUUGUAUACCACCACCAUCGUAACACAACAACCUCGAGAUGAACGGAGCAAUGCCGCAGCCGCUACCGGAAACUAAACGCUGCGGUUUGAAACCGCACAUCACGGUGUUUCCCUAUCCAGCACAAGGCCACUUCCUUCCUCUUCUCGACUUAACCCAUCAACUCUGUCUUCGUGCCCUCACAGUCUCCGUCAUCGUCACUCCUAAAAACCUUCCUUACCUCUCUUCUCUUCUCUCCGCUCACCCAUCCUCCGUUUCCGCCGUAACUUUACCUUUCCCUCACCAUCCUUUGAUCCCUUCCGGAGUUGAAAACGUUAAAGACCUCGGUUGUUCUGGAAACCCUCUGAUUAUGGCUUCUCUUUGUCAGCUUCGAGAGCCUAUCCUCAACUGGUUAAGUUCUCAUCCUAAUCCUCCCGUCGCUCUCAUCUCUGAUUUCUUCCUUGCAUGGACUAAAGACCUCGGUGUUCCUCGCUUUGCCUUCUUCAGCUCUGGAGCAUUCUUAGCUUCGAUUCUCCAUUUUGUCUCUGACAAUCUUCAUGUCUUUGAAUCAACUGAGCCUGUCUGUUUGUCGGAUCUUCCUGGUUCCCCUGUUUUCAGAACAGAACAUCUCCCUGCGUUGUUCCCUCAGUUUCCAUCAUCGCAAGAUGAAAGUGACUGCGCCAUCAAUUUUUCAAGCUAUGGUUGUAUAUUCAAUUCUUGUGAGUGUCUUGAAGAGGAGUACAUGGAGUUUGUGAAGCAGAACGUGAGUCAGAACCGUGUUUUCGGUGUUGGUCCGCUUUCUUCAACUGGGUUACGUAAGGGAGAUUCUGAUUCCGAUGUAGACGCAAAGGCGUUGUUGAGUUGGCUCGAUGGAUGUCCAGACGGAUCUGUGCUCUACAUCUGCUUCGGAAGUCAAAAAGCUUUGAGUAAAGAUCAGUGUGAUGCUCUGGCUCUUGGUCUUGAAAAGAGUAUGACCCGGUUCGUUUGGGUGGUUAAGAAAGAUCCUAUACCCGAUGGGUUCGAGGAUCGGGUCGCAGGUCGAGGGAAGAUUGUUAGAGGAUGGGCUCCUCAAGUGGUUAUGUUGAGUCACGUAGCGGUUGGUGGGUUCUUAAGCCAUUGUGGAUGGAACUCGGUGUUGGAAGCAAUGGCUAGCGGAACAAUGGUCUUGGCUUGGCCAAUGGAAGCUGACCAGUUUGUAGAUGCGAGGUUGCUUGUGGAUCAUAUGGGUGUGGCGGUUAGUGUAUGUGAAGGGGGUAAGACUGUGCCUGAACCGCAUGAGUUGAGUCGGGUCAUAGGUGAAACAAUGGGUGAGGGCGGACGCGAGAUGCGUGCUCGGGCUAAGGAUAUGGGACAGAAGGCACAAGCUGCAACUGCAGCAGGAGGAAGCUCUACUGAAGAUUUAGAAAGGCUUGUCAAAGAAUUGAGUUCUCUUUGAAGACAUGAUUCUCAAAUCUCAAUGAUUACAGCCUUUUAAAAAUGUGGUUCAUUGUUGUUAAAACAUUACCUGAAUAUUAAAGAAAUUUGAACCUACAAAAACAAAGACAAAAGU